UCCGCUCGUUGUCAGUCACAGUACUUUUUCUUAUCCAGAAGUGUACAGUAGCAAAGCUAAAGAUGCAACAAUACACUAUUUUCAUCGUCCUAGCGGUAUGCAGUUGCGUUGCAUUAUGCAUUGCUACCGAAAUUGAUAAUAACCAAUACGAUCAUCAAGCAGAUACAUUAAAAACCCUCGAUACAACAAACGAGUUCAAUAAUGGUGCUGAAGAACAUAUAAGAACGAAAAGGACACUUUUCUUAAAAAAGAAAUUAUUAGGCGCUGGAAUUUUGGGAUUUGGUUUGGGUGUUGCUAAAGGUUACAAACUUGGAUACUACAGUGCUCCUGAAGUUCAUCGUAUAUAUGUACCACCACCACCACCACCACCAGCUGUUAAAUAUGUAGAAUAUGUUGAAAAACCAGUUUACAUUUCAAGAAUUAUCGAAAAACCAGCGACAGUUUACAAAUCGGCUCAUUUAGAUUACGAACCAUCCUGGUCGCAACCUGAUCCUUCGCCUGUCUACGGAUCCUGGUAAAUAAAUAUUAAGUAUUUUUUAAAAAAAUUUAUAGAAUAUAAACGUCAUUUAGAUAAUCACAGCAAAAGGAUUCAAAAAAUAAAAAUUUGGAAGAAAAAAUUCAUAAUAAUUUACAUAGAUCGUAAUUAAUUUCUCAGGUAUUUACCAGAUUUAUACAAAAAAUCAUAAGAAAAAUCAACCACUGUCUUUGAGCUUGCUCUUAUUUAUAACCAAAAAAAUACUGCAUUUGUUAAAUAAAAUGUUGUUUUUAUAAUAAAACAUUAUUUUUA